AUGAAUAUAAGCACAGAUCAAUCUUCUCUUCUUGCCUUGAAAUCCCACAUAACUUCAGACCCUUAUCACAUUCUCUCAACAAACUGGUCUUCUAAUUCUACCUCAAUUUGUAACUGGAUUGGAAUCACUUGUGGCUCGCGCCAUCAACGAGUUACUGUGCUGAAUAUUUCAGGCAUGGGCUUGACUGGUACCUUCCCACCACAACUUGGCAACCUUUCUUUUCUUGUUUCACUUGAUCUAAGCUACAACAAUUUCCAAGGUGAACUUCCACCAGAGUUCACUCGUUUGCGAAGAUUAAGAGCCAUUGAUCUUAGUUUUAACUUCUUGUCUGGUCAAAUUCCUCAGUUAUUGGGUGAUUUAGAAGAUCUUCGGAUGCUCUCUCUGGAAAACAAUAGUUUCAGUGGGUUUAUUCCUUCUUCUAUCUCUAAGAUGAAGAAUCUUGAAUUCUUGAAUUUGAAGUACAACAAUCUGGAAGGAAAUAUUCCUAUAGAAAUAGCAACUCUUCAGAGAUUGAAACAGUUUUCCUUGGGAUACAAUAAACUCAAUGGAUCCAAUAUUACAAAGGCUUGGACUUAG